UGUAGUCCGUUUGGGGCUGCGUGCCGCGUGUGUUAGCGACUCAGCCUCCUGCCCAGGUGGCGCUGUAAUCCCAGCGACAGCGGAGCGAGGCACCGCUGCGGCCCAGUGACCGCAGGGGGCGGAGCCAAGGACUGAGGGUGAUGGCUGCCGUGGCUGUGGCCGUUCGCGAGGACUCAGGAUCCGGCAUGAAGGCGGAGCUUUCUUCUAGGUCUGGGGCAGUGGGGAGGGAGAUGACCCAAGAAGAGAAGCUGCAGCUUCGGAAAGAAAAGAAACAACAGAAGAAGAAACGGAAGGAGGAAAAGGGGACAGAACCGGAAACUGGCUCGACUGUAUCUGCAGCCCAGUGUCAAGUAAGCGCAGCCAGAGAACUGCCAGGGCCCACCAAUCCGUUAGUCAGUCCUGGGGAGAAGGUUCCAGUUGGUCGGAGUAAAGCUGAACUUCGUGCUGAGCGGAGGGCCAAGCAGGAGGCAGAGCGAGCCCUGAAACAGGCAAGGAAAGGGGAACCAGUAGGACCUCCUCCUCAGGACUGCCCUAGCACACCUGGAGAAACCCCCUCAGGAGCAAAGCGACUGCCUGAGCACACUCAGGUUGAUGACCCUACACCUCUGAGAAGGCUUGUUAAGAAACCGGAGCAACAACAGGUUCCUACACGAAAGGAUUAUGGAUCCAAAGUCAGCCUCUUCUCCCACCUUCCCCAGUACAGCCGACAAAACUCUCUGACCCAGUAUAUGAGCCAUGGUGCAACUUGGCCUGCAGUACUCCCAGGGCCUGGUCAGUGGCUCCAAUGCCCGGUGUAUUGCCCUGCUCCGUGCCUUGCAGCAGGUGAUUCAGGAUUAUACAACACCUCCCAAUGAAGAACUCUCAAGGGAUCUAGUGAAUAAACUAAAACCCUACAUCAGCUUCCUGACUCAGUGCCGGCCCCUGUCAGCAAGCAUGUACAACGCCAUCAAGUUCCUUAACAAGGAGAUCACGGGUGUGAGCAGCUCCAAGCGGGAAGAGGAGGCUAAGUCAGAACUUCAAGCAGCCAUUGAUCGGUAUGUGCAAGAGAAGAUUGUCCUUGCAGCUCAGGCAAUUUCACGCUUUGCUUACAAGAAGAUCAGUAAUGGAGAUGUGAUCCUGGUAUAUGGAUGCUCAUCUCUGGUGUCACGAAUUCUUCGGGAAGCUUGGGCUAAGGGCCGGCAGUUUCGGGUGGUAGUGGUGGACAGCCGGCCGCGGCUGGAGGGAAGGCAUAUGCUACGUUGUCUGGUCCGUGCUGGGGUCCCUACCUCCUAUCUGCUGAUUGCUGCAGCUUCCUAUGUGCUCCCAGAGGUCUCUAAGGUGCUAUUGGGAGCUCAUGCACUCCUGGCCAAUGGGUCUGUGAUGUCACGGGUAGGGACAGCACAGCUGGCCCUAGUGGCUCGAGCUUACAAUGUGCCAGUGCUGGUCUGCUGUGAAACUUACAAGUUCUGUGAGCGUGUGCAGACUGAUGCCUUUGUCUCUAAUGAGCUAGAUGAUCCUGAUGAUCUGUUGUGUGAGAGGGGAGAACAUGUGGCCCUGGCUAACUGGCAGAACUACCCAUCCCUACGGUUGUUGAAUCUGGUCUAUGAUGUAACCCCCCCAGAGCUUGUGGAUCUGGUGAUCACAGAGCUGGGGAUGAUCCCUUGCAGUUCUGUACCUGUUGUCCUCCGAGUCAAGAGCAGUGACCAGUGAGUGGGGGGACAUGGUCAAUAAAUGACAUACUCCCUAAACUCAGCAACUUUGCUGCCUUUGUAUCUCUUUUAGUAUCACAGCCACAUAAGUUAGGGCUAGGCUCCCCAACCCUUCUUAUCACCUGCUACCAACCUCAAAUCUUUAUGGAGCCUCUCUCAGGUGUCUCCAGCUUCAUGCCAGUGCUUUGGAGCCAAAGUGAAGGUCAGUUUGGAAACCAAAAACUAUCCAAGUCAUCAAUCAUUUAUCAAGCAUCUAUGUACCAGACACUGAUAUGAGAAGCUAGAUAUGAGGAGGAAUAUAAGGACAAAUAUGAGUCCUAUCCUAAGUAGUAGCUUAGCUAGUGUUUUUGAGUACUUAUUGUGCAUCAAAAACUGUUUUAAGCCUUUUCUUAUCUCUUUGGAAAGAUUAGUACAACUCUAUGAAGUAAGAUUUUAUAGGUGAGAAAUCUGAGGCACAGAGAAGUUACUUGGCCAAGGUAACACAGCUAGCUAAACCAGGUUGUGAUCUCAGGCAGUCUGGAUUCACAUUAUGCUACAUGUCUUUAAGGAGUACUUAUCAUGGACUUAUAAUGGAGAACAGAUAUAUAAACGAUAUCUAUAGUAUUUUCCAUAAUACUAUAGUAUCUAUAGUAUUUUGUUUUACUAGUAGUAUGAAUAAAAUUCCUUGGAAGCAAUCACGGAUGAUGCCAUUGGGUCUUGUAAGGUUGGAGAAGACUUCACAGGUAACAUCUGACCUAGUCCUUGAAGGAUAAGAAGUUUCCCAUUUGGGAAAAAAUGGGAAGGCAGCUCAGCAGAGGGAAUAGCUUGAAUAGAUAGGAUAGGCCUUAAAUUGAGUGGCCAGUUUCAAAGCAUCAAAUAGUAUGGUGAGGAUAGAACUGAGGCUAAUGUGAAAAGUGAUAAAGCUGCAGAAGUAGGUUGGGGCUAGAUUGUGAGAGUUUAACCAGUGUGAUUAGUCUAAAAAUAGUCAUCCAUUUUGUGUGUGUGUUACUGAAAAAUUUCAAACGGCACAAAAGUAGAAUGCAUCUUACAAAGAAUCCCUCCCCACCAGAUGCAACGAUUAUCAAGAUUUGCUUUCUCUUUUUGUUUUUCUUUGCUGAAGUUAAUUUAAAGCAAAUCUCAGACAUGUCUUUUCAUCCCUACAAACUUCAGUAUGUGUCUCUAAAAAAUAGGGACAUUUUAUAUAAUAAUAUCAUCAUCACAUUAUUUUGUUAGUAUUGUCUAAUCCAUAAUCAAAUUUCUUUCUUUAUCUCAAAAAUGACUUUUUACAGCUGGUUUGUUUGAAUCAGGAUCCAAACAAUUUCACAUACAUUUGGUUAUUAUAUCUCUUAAAUUUCUUGUAAUAAAAAGCAGUCCCCUUCUCCUUUUUUUACCCUUUAACAUCGACAUUGCAGAAACCUGGUCAAUUGUCAUAUAAAAUGUCCCACAUUCUGGAUUUGAGUAUUUGUUUGCAUGUCAUUGAACUCAUUCCUCUAACCCCUGUAUUUCCAUUCAACUUUACGGGCAAGAAUACUCCAUAACUGGUGCUAUAUGCUUUGUGUUGUCUCAGGCGGCAAACUGGCUGGUUGUUCUGUUUUCAAUGAUGAGUGGGUCCAGGUAGUGAAAGCCUGAUCAAUCCAUUUUAAAGUUUCCAACAACCUUUCAUUUAGUUAUUUCAUCCAUUGGAGUUUGUUGUCUGAGUUAUUUCUUCAGAGGUUGCAAAAUGGUGAUUUUUUUCUAAUUCUAUCAUUCUUUUCACAUUUCUUAGUUGGUAUUCUUCUAUAUGGAACCUCCCCUCAAUCAAUUAGGGCUAUAUAGGUAGUAUUCUGAAUUACAGUUCAUACUGGCAAGGCAGGAUAAAUGCUUAAUUAAGAGUCGGUCCCUAGUUAGUUCCAGUGGUGUAUAAGUGGUGUACUUCCAGUGGGGUGAUUGUUGCUUUUUCCUGUUUCUCUUUUGUAAGGAUUAUUAUGAACUUACGGGUUUUUAAAUAUUUAAUGUGUACCACUCAGUCGUCAAAAUUAAGCAGGGGAUCAACAGAGUCAGCUGUAUGCUUUAGAAAGGUAUCUGAUAGAGAUUAGAGGCAGACAAACAGAUCAGUUACGAGAUUACUGCCUAUCAAUCAAAAUUACAAGUGCACCUAAAUUUUGACUCAGCAAUUCCACUUAGGAAUUUAUUCUACAGAUAUAGUUGCACAUAUUUAAAGUAACUUAGAUGUAAGGUUAUUUAUAGCAGCAUUGUUUAUAAUAUUAAAAGACUGGAAACCACCAGUCUCUUAAUAAGAGACUACAAUACACUGCAAGGAGCCCUGGUGGUGCAAUGGUUAAGCACUCGAUUGCUAACCACAAGGUCAGUGGUUCCAACCUACUAGCUGCUCCGCAGGAGAAAAGACCGGUGAUCUGUUCCUAUAAAGUUUACAGCCUAGGAAAGCCCUCUGGGACAGUUCUAUUCUGUCCUGUGGGGUCGCUAUGAGUCAGAACUGACUCGAAGGCACACACCAGCAACAAUUAUACUUUCUCCCCUCGAAGUGGCUCGUGGGUUCCAACCGCCUACCUUUUGGUUAGCAGCCCAGCACUUAACCACUGUGCCACCAAGGCUCCUACCACAACUAUACUACAUGCAUACAAUUAAAUACUAGGCAAUCAUCACAAAGGUUUAGGAAGGUUUUGUGUAGAGAAAUAGAACAAUCUCCAAGGUCCACUUGGUUAAAGAAGAAAGGUGCAGGACAGUGUGCAGUUGCUAUGUUUGUAUUAAAAAGGGAAAAAGAUACAUAUUUGCACGUAUGUAGAAAUACAUAAAGUAUCUUAGACCAAUUAUAAGAAACUGAUUAAUUCCUCAUGUGGAUGCGACCUGGUUGGCUAGAGAGAGGUGGGAGGGAGUCUUCACUUUUAUACCUUUGUAUCUUUUGAACUUUGAGCCAUGUGAAUGUCUUAUUCCAAAAAUGAGUACAUUAAUUUAAAAAAGAUUUUGCAACAGUUCAAGUCAAAGAAAGCCUAAUCUUAUGUAGCAGAAAUGGAGAGGAAGUAAAUGAAACUGAGCUGUCCAUCAGAAGCAUUAAAAUAUAUUGGGCAAACUGCAACCUCAGCUGUGCCCAAUUUUGCGCUCUCACAAAGGAGUUAUUCCUAAACCACAGCACAGCCUUAGCUUGUCUUUAGACCACUAAGAAGUGGAAUGGGAGUAGAAUUUUUGGGUGUCCCCUUCCUCCUUUAAAUCUUAGCUAGUUCCUCCUGUCCUUUCCUUAAAUGUUUUGCACAACCAGAGGAAUUUCAUGGGUGAGAUUAUUUGGGAAAAAGAGAAAGGUUGGUUUCCUGUUCAUAUAUAUACAUCUUGAACUCUAACCUACUGGGUAUGUGGAGACCUGUAAAAUUUAUAUGGCUUUAAGUGCCUAAGGAAAGAACAGAAACUUGUUACACUCUCCUUCACCCGUAUCCCACCAUGUAGUGAAUGGAGCAAG